ACGGCAAAACACUAAUUUACAAUAUGAACUCACGCUGAUUCGUAAGAUUUUAAAUAUGCAAUUGGAGAUUGAUUCAUUAAGAGAAGAAGUUAAUAGGCUUAGAGAUGAGAAUACUAGGCUUAAAAAUGCAAUUAGCUAUCAGGAAAAUGGAAAACAAAAUAAGAUAGUAAGCUCUAGAGAAAUGCCUUAUUCUAAUGCCAAAUGA